AUGCGUUUCACUCUGACUGUCCCUGCUUUCCUGGCUCUGGUCUCCUCGGCCUUUGCCCAGACUGCUGACUUCGACCCCAUCAACGUGCCCACCAGCAACGAGGUCAUCACUUCCGGUGCUCCCUUCACCCUUGAGUGGGAGGUUCCCGCCAAGUACGCCUCCAACACCAUCACCAUCGAGCUGAUCGGAGGCCCUACCCAGGCCACCCAGCAGGUUCUCGGAACAAUUGCCACUGGUGUUCAGAACAGCGCCAAGACCUUCGUCUGGAACGUUGACGCUUCCCUGGGCACUCAGGCUUUCUAUGGCCUCAUCUUCCGCUCCGAGCAGGACACCUCUGUCUUCCAGUACUCCAACCCCUUCCACAUCAAGGCUGGAAGCGUCAAGGCCAGCUCCUCUGCUCCCUCUGGACCUGCCCACACCUCCUCCUCUGGCGACUACGGCAACCUCCCUCCUGCCCACACCUCUGGCAGCUACGGAAACCUCCCCCCUGCGGACACCACCACUGUCACCACCUCCACUGGUGUCAAGACCGUUACUCUGGCCACUCAGUCUACCAGCGAGGCUCCCGUCUACACUCCUCCUCCUGUCUACACUCCUCCGGCCGUCACUGAUGUCACCGUCAUCCUGAACGCUACCACCACUGUUCCUUGCCGCAACUCCACUGUUGCUGCUCCCACCACUCUGCAGAGCGCCACUCGUCUGCCUCCUCCUCCUCCCAGCUCUCCCAUCUACGUUCCUCCCGGUGUUCCCACCACUACUGGUUACGCUGCUCCUUCUGCUCCCUCCGCCCCUGCUGUCACCUCGCUGCCUCCCAUCCCCACCAGCGCUGGUGCCCGCGUUGGCGGCAGCGCUCUGGCUCUGAUUGCCUCUCUGGCCGCUGCUUACUUCGCUCUGUAA